AUGAAGUAUUACACAAAACGACAUGAUGAUAUUUCACCUGCUUCUCAAUAUGCAAUGAUAAAAUUGGUAAAUAAAGCAGGGAGAUUAGAUCCUAAGAAUCGAAUUGUACAACCAGCUACUAAUGAACAACGUCGAUUACCACCGGCACAUCAUCAUCAUAAGUUUGAACAUAUACACACCGAUAAUGGAAUUAAAUUAUUACCAUCUUCUCAUCAUCGAGAUCAAGAAUAUGUGGAUGAAUCUUCCGAAUUGAAUUCUAUGUCUAUCAAAUAUAAACACAUUAUGAAUAAGCAUACGUCAUUACUAUGGACUUAUGUUUAUAACCUCAGAUUUGUCUUUGUUCUGUCAGCCGUAUUACUGUUAAUCAUUUAUUGGUUUUAUCGUCGUAAACGUCAGUCACAAAAACAAGAUGAAAAAGAGGACAAUCGAAGACCAUCAUCACUGACCUUAUUCGAUGAUAGACAAUAUCCAUCUGAUAUUCUCUCUCCACAUCCAUCUGAACAUCGUCAUUAUAAUGUACUAGCAACAAUAACAGAAGAAAAUCUUUCAACAACAGUGACUCCAACAACGUUAUCAUCAAAUUUCAAUGAUAUUAUCAAACCAGCAUCAUCACCUAUAGCAGACGAAAUUAAUUCAAAAUUUGAAUUAAUUAAUAGUAAUACACCAUCACAAUUACGUCAACGAAAAUUAUUGAAUGAUAAUAUAAUAAACACAGACUACGUACAAAUAUCAGCGGAUAAAUUAAAAAUUAAAGAAAAUAAUAAUAAAUUAGAAGAAAAAGUUGAAAAUAAUGUACCGUUAACAAUAAUUGAAACUCGUCAACAACUAAAACAACCUUCUACUAGAAGAAGACUUUCUCAGUUUGAGGAUGCAUCAGCAAAACCAGUCAUUGAACCAGAUAAUAGUCCACCAGUUAUUGUUAGAAAAUCUAGUAUUCCUCAUUCGAAUGUUAUCAAAGACGAUUAUCAUACAUUGGAAGAAUUAAAUAAUGCUGUUAAACAAGUAAUUACAAUAGUUGGUCGAACAUUAGAAAAAUUUGAUUCAGAUAAACUCAUUCCAGCAUUUGGCUUUGGUGAUAAAACAACGCUAGAUCGAAAAAUAUUUCCUUUACAUACUGAUGGUAGCUAUUGUAAAGGAUUUAGAGGAGUUUUAGAAGCUUAUAAUAAAAUUACGCCAAAAGUGAGGAUGAGUGGACCAACAAAUUUUGCUCCAUUAAUUAAAGAAGCAAUUAAAAUUGUACAAAAAUCAAAACAGUACCAUAUAUUGGUUAUUGUUGCCGACGGUCAAGUAACAAAUGAACGUCAAACAAAAGAUGCAAUUGUUGAAGCUUCAUCUUAUCCAUUGUCAAUCGUUAUGAUUGGUGUUGGUGAUGGACCAUGGGAUAUGAUGAAAGAAUUUGAUGAUUCAUUACCAACAAGACAAUUUGAUAAUUUUCAAUUUGUUAAUUACAAUGAUAUCAUACAAGUAUCAGAAAACAAUUUAGACUCGGGUUUUGCAUUACAUGCACUUAUGGAAAUUCCAUCACAAUAUGAAGCUAUAAAAAAGUUAGGUCUACUUUCAUCAUCAGAAUAA